GAGCUCAGUGAGUAACACAGGGCAUAGUGUUGUACGGUGGGCAGCAUGCCUGUUCUGCAGAUCUACAGCACACUCACAAAGAACAACCAGCUCUGUGUUUUUUUAUUUUAAUUGACUUAUUCAUAUUGAUUUUAAAAUUGAACAAGAUCCUGGAGGAUGCAAAGACAGACAAGGUGACUCAGAGGGGACCUGUUCAGAGUGAAUGGUGUGUGGAAGCCCUGGGAUAAUGACCUUCAAUUAGUUCUAACUCGUCACUGUUCUGUGUUAGUUAAAAGGAAGACGGACACAAAAGACUGGAAUUACUGAGGCACAUUUCAGAGCUUCUUUCUGUUUUGUCAGUGGUUCAGUGCCCUGUUCAGACAAAUCCAAAGCCCUAUUACUGAUAAAACAGUCAAAAUAGUACGAUGUUUGAGCUUCACAGCGUUCAUUUACAAUUCCACGUUUAUCUGCACACACUGAAUGACCAGUUAUUAAUGACAAAAUGGCGUAAUUCCAUUUAACUUCAUUUGACUGAGCCCAGCCUUUGAUUAACGCAAACCCCAGCAUUUAUCAGACAUGACCGACAACGUGAGCUCCAGAGUCGACACCCCAACCAACAUCUCGCUGAACCCCAGCGUCUCCGUGUCCGAGUCCUUGGAGUACAAGACGGUGUCGGUGUUCCUGGUCCUGCUGGUGUGUGGCGUGGGCAUCGUGGGUAACAUCAUGGUGGUUCUGGUGGUCUUCACUACGCGCCACAUGAGGACUCCCACCAACUGUUACCUGGUGAGCCUGGCCAUCGCAGACCUGACGGUGCUGGUGGCGGCGGGGCUUCCCAACGUGUCGGACAGCCUGACGGGGACGUGGGUGUUCGGACACGCCGGCUGCCUGGGGAUCACCUACCUGCAGUACCUGGGCAUCAACGUGUCCUCCUGCUCCAUCACUGCCUUCACUGUAGAGAGAUACAUCGCCAUCUGCCAUCCCAUGAAGGCGCAGACAGUGUGCACAGUGUCCCGGGCCAAACGAAUCAUCGCCGGGGUUUGGAUUUUCACCUGCGUGUACUGCAUGCUGUGGUUUUUCCUGGUGGACAUCGAGGUCACAGAGGAUGGACAUGUGGUGUGCGGCUACAAGGUGGAACGAGAGCUCUACCUGCCCAUCUACCUCAUCGACUUUGCCAUUUUCUACGUCAUUCCGCUGCUCCUCGCCAUUGUGCUGUACACUCUGAUAGCACGGGUCCUCUACCUCAGCCCUCUGCCCAACCACCCUGACACCAGUGCCACCACGCUCCGCCGAAGCUGCCGCGAAGCCUCUGAAACAGUGAAAGGAGGUCGUCAGACUCGACCAAAGAGCGCACUCUCCUCCAGGAAACAGGUGACCAAGAUGCUUGCCGUUGUGGUUAUCCUGUUCGCUCUGCUCUGGAUGCCCUACCGAACCUUGGUUCUGAUCAACUCCUUCGUGUCCAAGGAGUACCUGGACGCCUGGUUCCUGCUGUUUUGUCGAACCUGCAUCUACGCCAACAGCGCUAUAAACCCUGUCAUUUACAACGCCAUGUCGCAGAAGUUCCGCUCAGCAUUUCGUGGGCUUUACCGUUGUCAGCGACUGGAGGGAAACCAAAGGACCAUGUCAGUGAUCCAGGCCAGCCUCGGCACCGUCCGCGACCCACGGACCUCCCAGGCCAACAGCAACGGAACCAAUGAAAAGGCCAGGAGAGCAGUAUUCAAUGAGCCCAUUGAUGUGACCACAAAGCAGAACGGUAGUGGUUGUUCUGAGACCAUAUCAGUCAAUAGAACAAACACAGAUAAAUCCACUGACGGUGGCCUGGGAGCAUUCAGCGAUAGAGAAGGCCCAUUUGAGAUACCCGUUGACAGGGAAGAGUCGGGUAGCCCUUCAACACACGAUAACACCACUUUGUCAGACACAUCCACAACAAAUGAUCAGCAAAUACUUACAAAUAUGUAAAUAGUUACACACUAAACUGAACCAUUAUGUGAGUUUGUGAAGAUAUGGUGUUUCCACGCCACUGUGGAUUUCUCAUGCACAGAUUCCACCUUUGAAACAAACCUCCGACAACAUCUUCUGAGAUAUUACUUACAGGUUGCAUUAGUGAGGCUGCUAGAAGUUCUAAAUCUGUCACACAUAAUCCAUUUUAUUAAAAGGUAUAAAGUAAACUAGUAAACUUGAGCUAAAGAUCAGUAAAAUCCAAUUGUUAUAAGUCAGGUUUUGGGGAAAUAAUUCUGUGAUAAACUGUAGUUUGUGGUUUUUGCUUGAAAUUUGACAAAAUAUGACAAGGAUGAUCUAAAAGUUCAGUGUAUGAUAUUAAACAUAAUUAAAUACAGAACAGAAAUAGACCUGUAGCUUUAAUAUACCAACCUUAUACUGCAGACUAGUGGCCAAUCAGUAAGUAGUAAAUUUACUGCAUCAUUUUGGACUGAGCCAAGAUGUAGAGAAGGAUGUAAAGAACAGAGAUAUUCAUGGGAAUAAGCACAUUUUAUGGGUUCAGGUCCAGUCCAGACCAGCAGCUCUGGUAUUCCUAGUUCAGAUGGAAAAUAUUUUUGUCUAUUUUAACCGUCACAGUACCAAUUACAGCUGAGAGAUUUGACAGAAUACUAUGUUCUCCGAUGUGGACACCAACUUGGGGGAACAUGAAUGUAAAUAAACAAUAGUGUCUGAAGUGGUGUGUAUGACACUGGCUAUUUUCAGUAGGGAAUGCCUAAAAAAAGAAACAAAAAAGUGACCAUGAUGUGCCCAACAGAGCACUGAUUCCUCAUAUAGAGGGCAUGCACAUUAUGCCUGCAUAAUGAGUGUUAGUCAUCAGCUUAAAAUAUGUAAAAUAGCAAAAACACACCUGAAGUGGAAAAGAGUUGUGUGUUUGCAUGGAUAAAUAACAACUUGCUCUGUCAUAUUACUGAAAUGACCUCCACUAAUGGAAUCAUAUGAAUAAAACAGUAUCAGUUUUUUUGAAAUCAGACACUUUUCAUCCAACAUUUUAUUAAAUAUUUACUUUUGCUGCUGAUUAAAAAAGACUGUGCAACAGUGUAACUGUGGAAGUGUAGCUUGUUAUUGUUUUAAUGAUACAUUAUUAUUAUAUAUAAUUUAUAUGACAUUAGACUUUAAACCAGAGACAGGGUAACAGUACACAGAGCAUCAGGAUUUGUUUUGCAGUUCUGCAGCACUAAAACUAGGUCCAUAUAAAUGACAGGAAAGCUGAUUCCUGGUCACAUGUUAGUGUUCAUGGAUCACUGGUUGUGUGGAAAGUUGUAAGGAUGACUGUUGAGUCCAGUCACCGUUAAAUGAAACACAUGAUCGUUUGUUUUACUCCUUGUUUUGUAAUGUCGCUGCAUCUUUUGCCACUAGUUCUGACAGAAGGUUGUGUUCAUGCAGGACGGUUACAUCAGUGCUUAGUUUCUAUUGGCCAACAUCAUGACCAAGACAGAACACAAUGGGAUGCUAACAUGCUAACAUGCUCACAGCUCGGUCCUGAUGUCUUGAGAUGUUGUGGUGCAUUCUAACAUACUAUAUGGGAUAAAACAUCCCUCAAACAUGAUAAAACAUCAGUAUUUAUGUUGAUCAGUCUGUAUUUGGGCUGAUUUCAUACAGUCUGAACGUGACAUUAGACAAACCUGGUCAGAGAUAAUCAGUGUUACACAUGCAUAGGGAUGAGAUUUGAUAAGAAUUUGGCGAUUCUGGUUCAGUUAUCCAUAUCAUUUUGCGAUUCAGUUCCCUGUUGAUCUCUCUUACUCACUGUAGUACAAAUGCCUUUGUUUGCAUCAACUCUUUAAUUUCAAAUAUGCACAAAUAUUUGACAUUGGAUUGGAUCAAGCCUCCUAAAUGGUUCUAAAGGUGUAGUUAAAGGAGUGUUAGAUCUACCUGCUGCAGCAUCUGAGCCUGGUUGUCAUGGAGAUUAUUCAUAAACAAUAGUAAAGCAGGUUGACAGUGAAUGACGCUAACAUUAACAGAAUCAAUAGAACCAGGAGGAGUUUAAUGCUUGGACACCUCGCUGAAGGCUCCGCCUCCAGAGUCACCACCCCCUUCUCUAAGCAGCCAAUCACAGCCGUUCCAUUGGUGCACUUUAAUUGGAUGUUGUGGUUAAAUGUUUGUGUGUGUCAGAGGUAUUCAACCCUUUGUCGUAACGGAAGCUCUGCAACUGUUGUAACUGGAAGCAAAA